AUGCCGCAACCAAUUAACAUCAAAAACCUCAUGUCUGUCACCCUUGAUCAACAAGAGGCUCAAUACACCACUUGGGCAGAGCUUUUCCACAUCCAAGCGUGUGCCUUCAAUCUCCUCGAUCACAUUGAUGACAAGGUUUCUCGUCCGUCGGACACUGAUGAUGCUACGUGGAAAAGGUUGGAUGCUAUCGUGAAGAAUUGGAUUUAUGCCUCAAUUUCCAAAGACCUUGUUAACACUAUCAUGAAACCGGGUGCUACGGCGCUUGAAUUGUGGAAUCGUCUCAAGGAAAUUUUUCAUGACAAUAAGCACACUAGGGAGGUAUAUUUAGAGGAGCAGUUUAGUACCACCAAACUAGAGCAAUUUGCAAACAUGUCAGAUUAUUGUAUGCAUCUCAAACUUCUUGCCGAUCAAUUGAGCAACGUCGACAACCCGGUCUCCGAUCGAAAGAUGGUUCUCUAUUUGAUUGCGGGUCUUCCUGAAGGGAAAUAUGAUACCGUCGCUGCUUUGAUCUCCCAAACCGAGCCUACCCCUACUUUCAACAAGGCUCGUUCCAUGUUUAUUCUAGAGGAGACAAGGAAAAAUAAGCAAGAGGAACACGGGCAACACGCCCUUAUUGCUCAAAAUUCGGGUGGGACCACUUCCACCACCUCCGGAACCACCACGACGCCGGUAGACCAGCAGCACGCCACCAGCAAGGGUGGUCGCGGCCGCGGCCGUGGCAGCAGCAAGGGUGGGAAGGGCAGAGGUCGUGGGCGAAAUAACAACAACAAUCAACAACAGCAAGCUCAGUCAGGUGGGCCUCAGCAGUGGCAGGCCCAACCUAACGGCCCACAUUGGCAGCAGGCCCAUCAAUGGGGAGCCAAUCCUUCAUGGGAGCAGCAGCCUGGGCAAUGGGCUUCCCCCCCCGCCCAUUUCCCACGGCCCAACAGCAGCAACACAGAGGCCUAG